AACCAAAAUGACUUUAGUCACUAAUCAACUUACCGCGACGUCUUACGUUUUCCAGUGAACAUAGAAAUACUUUUUUUUAUCGCAUUACAGAAACAAAUAAUCAGUAUUAUGGACUCCAGUAUUCUUGCAAACAUGGACCGGGACGCUUUGAAAAAGCAAAUUGAGAACAUGAAGUAUCAAGCUUCAAUGGAGCGUUGGCCUCUAUCAAAAAGCAUUGCAGCAAUGCGGGAGUACGUUGAAGAAAACGAAAAGAACGAUCCUCUAAUUCAUGCACCCGAUAAAAAGAACAAUCCAUGGGCUGAAAAGGGCAAAUGUACCAUUAUGUAAAUAUCAUUUCCAGAAAUCAGCGUAUAACAACAUGAACAUUAGAUUCCCCAUUUACACUCGACUCAUCUCACACGAGGAUGAUGAUAUUCACAUUAUUUCAUCACACAUGGUGAAAUCACUUCGACCAGAUCUAUUAAAAUAUGUUCAACAAUACUCAUAGAAUAUGCCUGUAUCUAUCACCGUAUCUAAUUAGGUUUAAAACGAAAGUUAAAGUCUCCGUGAAUGAACGAGUUCAAGUAGAGUUUUCUCACAGAAAAUUAAAAUUAAUUAUAAGUUACCAUUACUCUAGAAUGUUCAUUUAUUUAAAAACAAAUGUAACGACAACAGCAAAUUGAACAAAAAAAUCAAAACAAAAUAACCAGUGUCAAAAUUAAUCAAAUCUGCUGCAAUCAUUAAAAUACAGUUACCAUUACCAUUGAACAAGUGAAGACUUAAAUAGCAUUUAAAACGAAUAAAUAAUCCAUAAUUAGCAUUUUUUGUCAAAUCAAUAUUGAAAAACCAUUUUCUAACUAUGAUAAAAUUGAGAAAAAUUGCUUUAAACAUUGUAAGGUCUGAAAUUAAUACUUUUCUUUCGUUGGGAUUUUCAAUCAAACCUUUCGUUAUCAAUUAUAUUUGAAAAUGAUAAAAUGUUCGUUGCUUUGAAUUUUGAUUUUACGCAAUAUCAGACUCUUUUUUGGGGAUAAAUUCAAUCCUCUUACAACUCAAUAUUUAUUUAUUUAUUUUUUACUAACUGUAGUAUGUAGACUCUAUAUAAAUAGAAUCAUCACUGUGGCAAUGGGGUCUCAAUGAAAAACGUUUACGUGGAUUCGAAUCCACGCAAAAUCCCAUUACCACACGGAAAAUUCAUUGAGAGAAUCUCAAUUGAAUUUGAUGAAAUUCCAUGAUUUUCAUGAAUUAAUUUUGUAAAAUUAAUUUUUGAUUAUUUGGAAUCUAGAUAUAUAGAAACGGUGAGGUUUUUUUAAUAAAAGUAUUAUCACAUCCUUUUGUUCGCUUUUUACGUGAAUUCUUCGAUAUAUUAUUAUUGGCUAAUUUAUAUCAUUUCCCAAUUAUAUACUGUAAUUAUGAAUCAUAAAUUAUAAAUUCAAAUAAAAUUCAAGUUGAAAGUCCAUAA